AUGCUUGUAGACCUACCAGCCAAGUAUUCAAGGAGUAGACAGUGCACAAGACGGUUGUAUUCAUCCCAGUGUGUGUUUCGUUCAGUGUUAAGCAAUAUGUGUCGUUGUCUGUGUUUGUUUUUGGCUGUAUGUGUUGGUCUGGCGCUCGCUAAGCCCAGACUCCCGUUGCCAGGUCAAGUUUAUCAGUUGCCUGGAUAUGAAUAUUACCAGACGCCAAAAUAUGCCUUUAAUUAUGGUGUAGCAGAUCAUUCAACUGGUGACGUGAAGUCACAGCAUGAGAGCAGGGAUGGUGAUGUGGUCAAAGGACAAUACUCUCUAGUAGAACCCGAUGGUUCUAUACGUACAGUGGACUAUACAGCAGAUCCCGUCCACGGGUUCAACGCGGUAGUAUCAAAGACAGGGCCGAAUUUGCACGCUGCGCCCGCACCUCCUCCACAACAGAAGAUCCAGCCAGUGUAUUACGCUAAACCUAUACCAGUCCCUGUGGAAGUUCCUGAGUACUACCCCCAGUCAAUCUACCCUUCAGCUUCACCGUUCUUAUACCCGAAGGUCGGCGAUCCCCAAUUUGACUACGGCGGCUUCGAGUUCGAUGCCCCUUACCAACCCCAUAAUAUGAUUAUUUAG